CCGCCUAAUGACGAGUCAAGGAUGGUAAGGCAAAGAUCAAGUGCGGCUAGAGGGCUUGAUGGCUUGCGGUUUGUUGAUAGAGUUGUGACCGGGAAAGAGGGGGACGCGUGGAUGGCUAUUGAGAAACGUUUUCAACAAUUUUCAGUAGAUGGAAAGCUGCCUAGAGAAAAAUUUGGAAUAUGUAUUGGAAUGGGCAACAGUGGCGAGUUCACAGGGGAACUGUUCGAUGCACUUGCGAGGCGGAAGAGGAUUGAUGGAUCUAAAGGGAUCACAUUAGAGCAAGUAAAAGUAUUCUGGGAAGAUUUGUCGAAUGAGGACCUUGAUACCCGAAUUCAUAUUUUCUUCGAUAUGUGUGACAAGAAUGGAGACGGGUUGCUAACUGAGGAAGAAGUAAAAGAGGUCCUGAUAAUGAGUGCAUCAGCCAACAAGCUUUCAAAUUUCAAGAAACAAGCCGGUACAUAUGCAGCUCUAAUCAUGGAAAGACUCGACCCUGAUGACUACGGUUACAUAGAGAUGUGGCAACUCGAGACGUUGUUGAAAAGUAUGGCGACACCAAAGGAAGCUACCAUGAACCCUGAAGACACAAACGAUCUAGCCAAAACAAUGAUCCCAGAACUUUACAGGAACCCGUGGAGAAAAUUCAUGACAAGAGUGUUUGAAUCGGGACUCGAGCACUGGAAAGUGUUUUGGGUAUUAUUUCUAUAUUUGGAAAUGAACGUUGCGCUGUUUAUGUGGAAAUUCCACCAAUAUUCGUUGAUGCCGUCGUUCCAAGUUUUGGGGUAUUGUAGUUGCACAGCGAAAGGUUCCGGAGAGACUCUAAAGUUUAAUAUGGCUCUCAUUCUCCUUCCUGUAUGCCGAAGAACACUUACAGCCAUUAGAGAAACUUUCCUUGGGAAAGUAUUACCUGUGGAUGAGAACAUUAAUUUCCACAAGAUAAUCGCGCUCGCAAUCGCGAUAGGAACAGUAGUUCACACCGUUGCGCACAUGGCCUGCAAUUUUAUAAGGUUGUCAAGAUGUCCUUUGAACAAAUUCAAGGCCAUCUUUGGAAAUUUAUUUGUAACGCAACCGAGUUACAUGGAUUUAGUAACAAGCAUCCCGGGAUAUACUGGAAUCAUCAUGAUUAUUUUGAUGGCUAUUUCCUUCACCUUUGCAACAAGUUCUUUUAGGAGAAACGUUGUUAAGUUGCCUCACCCGUUCAACGAUUUAGCCGGUUUUACUUCCUUUUGGUACACUCAUCAUCUGUUGAUCAUCGUUUACUUUUUAUUCAUCGUUCAUGGCACCUUCUUAAUCCUCACUGUAGGAUGGUACAGAAAAACAACAUGGAUGUACCUGUUGCUUCCAAUGUUGUGUUAUGCAAGUGAGAGACUCCUUACAACUGACCAUACAAUGCUUGUUGACACCAUUAAGGCUAUCAUAUAUAGCGGGAAUGUGCUAGCACUCUACAUGACCAAACCUAUAGGAUUCAAGUACAAGAGUGGCAUGUACCUCUUUGUACAGUGUCCACAAAUAUCACGCUUCGAAUGGCAUCCUUUUACCAUCACUUCUGCGCCUGGAGAUGAUUAUCUAAGUGUACAUAUUCGUACUCUGGGAGACUGGACGAAAGCACUACGGGAAGAAUUUGCAAAGGCCUGUGAGCCGAAUGGAAAUCUAGCCCGAAUGGAAACUAAUUCGAACUUGACCAUUCAGGAAUCACAAGCAAUCUAUCCUAGAAUCUACAUCAAAGGACCAUAUGGCGCACCUGCACAAAACUACCGGAAAUACAAUGUCCUAUUACUUAUCGGUUUGGGUAUUGGAGCCACCCCGUUUAUCAGCAUAUUAAAUGACCUCUUACAUCACCUAAAAAAGUCGAAAUCCGGCGAGAUCCUGGAUAAAAGAGCUUACUUUUAUUGGGUAACAAGGGAGCAGGGUUCAUUCGAAUGGUUCAAAGGUGUAAUGGAUGAUAUCGCAGAACAUGAUCACGAGAACAUUAUUGAAAUGCAUAACUACCUCACAAGUGUGUAUGAGCAUGGUGAUAUGAGAUCUACACUUAUAUCCAUGGUGCAGACUCUGCAACAUGCCAAAGAUGGAGUCGAUGUCGUCUCUCAAAGUCGGAUUAAAACGCAUUUUGCAAGACCAAAUUGGAGAAAAGUAUUCUACAACUUGGCAACUACACAUGAAGGUCGUAGGAUAGGUGUUUUCUACUGUGGAGCCCAAGCACUCGUAAGACAAUUAAAAAAGCUCUGCAAAGAAUUUAGCCGUCAAAACAUUACUCGCUUUGAUUUCCACAAGGAGAAUUUCUAAAGAGAGAUUAAAUGUACAAGUUGUUUUCAUUCCGGCAUAAUGGCAUAUAGAGUUCACUUGUAGGUCUGCAGCCUUGUAGUUCCAAAUUGGUAGAAU